UGCCAUUGUUCUUUACUCUGUGCCACGACAAUGGAGGACAUAGAAAACAUGGAAGAAGAUGAAUGUGGGUUCUCAAGAAACUACUUUCUGGCGAAAGAAUUGAGUGGGUCCAGCAAGCGGUCAGCGCACAAGCUCUCUGAUAUUAAUGUUGUUGAUGAGCAGGAACUUAGAGAGACAGCGUUAAAUAUUGAAACGAAGCACACGAAAGAGAUCUCUGAGCUUCUGAAUGAUUACAAGACUAUGUACUCAAAGUGGGUUUUUGAGCUCAGGUGUGGCUUUGGCCUUCUAAUGUACGGCUUUGGAUCUAAAAAGUGUUUGAUUGAAGAUUUUGCUUCUGCUUCUUUGACUGAGUAUUCCGUUGUAGUCAUCAAUGGCUACCUCCCUUCAGUAAAUCUAAAACAGGUUCUUUUAGCAUUAGCCGAACUUCUCUCCGAGAUGUUGAAAUGUAGAAGAAAGAGUUCUGGGAGCGUGUCUAAAGGUCAAGAAACAUUCCCCACACGCUCCAUUGACGAUAUUCUUUCCUUUCUACGUGGCCCACAGUCCGAAGACAAAGACUGCUUCAUAUGCGUUGUUGUUCAUAACAUUGAUGGCCCUGCUCUAAGAGAUCCUGAAUCACAGCAAACUCUUGCCCAGCUUGCUUCUUGUUCACACAUACGCAUUAUUGCCUCUAUUGACCAUGUCAAUGCUCCAUUACAGCUUCUGUACCGCUUCUUUGACCUGAUGCGAUGUUUCGUGGAUCCAUUGGCAGUGUGGGACAAGAAAAUGGUGCACAAACAGUUUAACUGGCUAUGGCACCACGUUCCAACGUUUGCACCGUACAAGAACGAAGGCGUAUUCUUCCCGUUGGUUCUUGCACAGGGAAGCACAGCCCAAACCGCCAAAACAGCGGCCAUUGUCUUGCAGAGUUUAACACCAAACGCUCAGAACGUGUUCAAGAUCCUUGCCGGGUAUCAACUUUCUCACCCAGAUGAAGACGGGAUGCCCACUGAUGAUCUGUAUUCAGCCUCUCGGGAACGCUUCUUCGUGAGCAGCCAAGUGACUUUGAACUCUCAUCUCACGGAGUUUAAAGACCACGAACUUGUUAAGACCAAGAGAAACUCCGAUGGACAAGAGUGUUUGAACAUACCUCUCUCCUCGGAUGCAAUUCGACAGCUCUUGCUUGAUCUUAAUCAGUAG